AUGCUGGAAUAUUUUUAUAGUGGAGAAAUUGAUAAAAAAACAAUUGAAAAAUAUUCGGAAGAUUUAUUUUCUAUUGCACAUAAAUACGAAGUAAAACAAUUAAUGGAAAUUUGUGAAAAUUAUAUGGCUGCAAAUAUUGUUGCUGAAAACUUUGGAAAACUCUGUCUUUUUGCUGAAUUUUAUCAUCUUUCUAAACUUGCAAAGGUAGAUUAUUUAAUUUUUUUUAACUUGCGGAUAAUUUUAAAUUUGCGGAAUUUGUGA